AUGCAUUACGACGGAGGCACAGGGACAACACCACCACCAUCUCCAUCUCCGACACCCAACCGCAAAAAAAUCUCACUACUCCCACUAAUCUUCCUAAUAUUCUACGAAGUCUCAGGCGGUCCAUUCGGAAUCGAAGACAGCGUCAAAGCCGCAGGACCGUUACUAACCAUCCUCGGCUUCAUCAUCUUCCCUUUCAUCUGGUCCAUCCCCGAAGCCCUCAUCACCGCCGAGAUGUCCACCAUGUUCCCCGAGAACAGCGGUUACGUCGUCUGGGUCUCUUCCUCUCUCGGCCCUUACUGGGGGUUUCAGCAAGGUUGGGUCAAGUGGCUCAGCGGCGUCAUAGACAACGCUCUUUACCCCAUCCUCUUCCUCGACUACCUCAAAUCCGGUUUCCCCGUUAUAUCCUCUGGCCUCCCCCGCGCCAACGCGGUUCUCGCGUUGACUUUCGCGUUGACUUAUGUUAAUUACAGAGGGUUGAGUAUUGUUGGUUUGACUGCUGUUCUGCUCGGAGUGUUCUCGAUUUUACCCUUUGUGGUGAUGUGUUUGAUGUCGGUGCCAAAGGUUGAGCCUUUACGGUGGUUUGUGGUUAGUGAGGGCCUUAAAGGUGUUGACUUUGGGCUUUAUCUCAAUACUCUGUUUUGGAACUUGAACUAUUGGGAUUCGAUUAGUACUCUGUCUGGAGAAGUUGUUAACCCGAGUAGAACUUUACCCAAGGCUCUGUUCUACGCGUUGCUUCUCGUUGUGUUGUCUUACAUCUUCCCUGUUUUGGCCGGGACUGGAGCUCUGCCUCUUGAUCAGGAGCUUUGGACUGAUGGCUACUUCGCGGAGAUUGGGAGAGUUAUAGGAGGAGGAGUUUGGUUGAGUUGGUGGAUUCAAGCUGCGGCUGCUACGUCCAACAUUGGGAUGUUUUUAGCUGAGAUGAGUAGUGAUUCGUUUCAGCUUCUUGGUAUGGCUGAGCGUGGGAUGCUUCCUGACGUCUUUGCUAAGAGGUCUAGGUACGGAACUCCUUGGGUUGGGAUACUCUUCUCUGCCUCUGGUGUGGUUUUGUUGUCGUGGUUGAGUUUCCAGGAGAUUGUUGCUGCGGAGAAUCUGUUGUAUUGUUUUGGGAUGGUGAUGGAGUUUAUAGCGUUUGUGAGGUUGAGGGUUAAGUAUCCGGCUGCUUCACGGCCUUUUAAGAUACCUGUUGGGGUUUGGGGGUCGGUGCUUAUGUGUGUUCCUCCCACUGUGUUGAUUGGUUUCAUUGUGGCGCUUUCCAACUUGAAAGUUGCGGUGGUGAGUUUUGUGGCUGUUGUGAUUGGGCUUGUGUUGCAACCGUGUUUGAAGCUAGUGGAGAGAAAGGGAUGGCUUAGUUUCUCUGUCAGCUCUCACUUACCAGACCUGAUGGCUUUAAGUUAG